ACCCUGCCAAGGGGAGUGGCCGAUAAAUGGAUCACAUGAAGUACACCAUUGAGAACAUUCAGUUCUCUUGUUAUCAGUCACUACUGGAAAGUCAAACAAUAAGGGAGUUUCUACUACGCAUCCACACCUAUAGUUCCCUAAAUACAACUCGAGAAUCUGCUACAGACUUGCUAUUUCAAAAUACAACUACGGCACGACGAUAAGCGGGUCGAUCUUUGAAACAACGCAAGUCUGCACCAGACUGUCAACUUGACAAACACUGGCGAAGACGUUAAUCUUGACAGCAGUGUUCAGCGAGCGUAUUGCUUCCUGUUGACAAUGCAGCAAUCCAAGGUGCCUGAAGAUAAUGGAGCAACCAAGCCAGGGGGUGUCAUAGCGUACAUCUCCUCGGGCUCCGCCUCCAGUCCUGAGUCUUGCAUGAGCGACAGCUCCAGCAGCAGCUACCUGUCCUGCUCUCUGACGAUGUCCCGCCCCUCACUGCCCAGCCGUGCCGUGGGCAUGCUGGUGGACAUUGGGCCAAUGACCAAAGCAGGCCAGCACCGCGGCCCUGUGGGUGAGAGGUCCAGACGCUCGUCAUCGUCCUCUUCCUCCUCCAAGAGGAGCAUCACCAAGAUCAACGGCUUGGUGCUGCUCUGCAAGGUGUGUGGCGAUGUGGCGUCUGGCUUCCAUUACGGCGUGCAUGCCUGCGAGGGCUGCAAGGGAUUCUUCCGCAGGAGCAUCCAGCACAACAUCCAGUACAAGAAGUGUCUGAAGUUGGAGAACUGCACCAUCAUGAGGAGCAACCGCAAUCGCUGCCAACAGUGCAGAUUCAAGAAGUGUCUGUCCGUAGGCAUGUCAAGAGAUGCUGUGCGCUUUGGUCGGAUCCCGAAGCGCGAGAAGCAGAGGAUGCUGCUGGAGAUGCAGAAUGCCAUGAACAACAUGAUGUGCGGCGGCAGCGGUGGCGUACUGCCUGGCCACCAGAGCACAACACCUCCUUUUAAGGCCAUGGCCCUCCACACCAGCAGCUUGCCUUCCUCAUCGUCAUCCUCUUCAUCCUGCUCCUCGUCCUCCUCAUCCUGCUCAAGUCGCUUCUCAGCCCGCUGCCCCCAGGGCACUGAGUCGGUGGUUGCCAUGGAGACCAACUCCAGCUCCGCUUCCUCUUGUGGCUCAGACAGCGGCGAGGACGAGACUGUCAACAUGGUAACGGCGUGGCCACAGGAAAGUUUCACCAACAGCAGGCAAGGGUCACCGGGGCUUGGGUUGCCCGGCCUGGUCGCUGUGGAGACCCCGGUGAGUGACAACCAUUUCGAAGUCGAGCAGACCAGAUGGAACUGUUGGAACAACAACAACAUCAAUGUCGCAUCAGAGGAAUACCAGCAACGUAACCAAGGCAACAGCCAGCGUGUCACCAACACAGCUUACAGGGAAGAGGGAGUUGACCACCAGCAGCAGCAGCUCAGCAGCGCCCCUGGUGGUGAAAGGUCAGAUGACGUCCACAGCCUUCCGCAAGACCAGCACACCUUUUGCGCCCCAAGCGUAUCCAAUGGCAACAGUGGACCAAUCAACAGCCUGCACAACAGAGCUCACUUGGUGUCGCCAACGAACGACUCGCCAAACGUGGAGCCCAGGGGGCCCAGCCAGGAAAUCUGGGAGGACUUCUCCAUGAGCUUUACUCCGGCUGUGCGCGAGGUGGUGGACUUCGCCAAGAGGAUCCUGGGCUUCCGCCAGCUCUCUGAACAGGACCAGGUCGGCCUGCUGAAGGCCGGCACCUUCGAGGUGCUAAUGGUUCGCUUCGCCUCUCUGUUCGACGUGGCCGAGCACACGGUCACCUUCCUGAGCGGGAGGCGCUACAGCCUGGGGGCCCUGGGAGCGCUGGGCGCCGGUGAGCUCCUCAACGCCAUGUGUGAGUUCAGCGAGAAGCUGGCGGCUCUCCGUCUGGACCGCGAUGAGAUGAGCCUGUUCACUGCCGUCGUGCUCGUCUCCGCCGACCGCUCUGGGAUCCAGGACCUGGACUCUGUGGAGGCCCUGCAGGAACACCUGAUCCAGGCCUUGCGGGACCUGGUGACGAGGAACCACGGGCACAACGGCGCCACCACCUUCACCAAGCUGCUGCUCAAGCUUCCAGAGCUGCGCUCGCUCAACAAUGUGCACUCGGAGGAGCUGCUCUCUUUCAAAGUGCACCCUUGAUGCCACCCGGGUCGGGCUUCGCCUUAGCUUACCCUCAAGGCCUGGUAUCGUCCCUUACCUGGGACGGUCCCCAGGCCCUUUCAAGAUACGGGCGCCAGUUUCAUCUCUUACCUUAUCUUACCCUAAGGACUGGGGUCCUUGCCCUGUCUUACCCUAAAGGAGAGAUUUUGAGAAGGACCAGUAUAGGGCAUGGAUGCUCUGUUCCCUGUGCACUUUUAAAUUAUGAUUAACAAAGCCACAACGACCAUGACUAUAUACAGAUGACCCGACCACCCCCCUCCCCCCCCCCACAGAUACUAACUCCUUCCCAUUCUCCCUUUCUAUUUGAACGAUUUGAUUGCUUUGUUUAUUUUGAGGACUAGACAAGAGGACUACGUUAGGAGAGAAUAUCAGAUGUACUGUAUUUAUGCAUUGAAAUGUUUAAUUUGCCGGUGACUUGUUGCAAACACAAGUAACCUAAUUUCAAUAUCAGAGCCAGGCUAAGGAUAAAGGGGUGCUAUGCUAGUUUUAGUCGGGCGGAGGGUGGACUUUAGGUGGCUUAAUGAAAUGAGAUUUAUGCGAAAGCCUUUACAAGUGUAUCGGCUCAAAACAAAUGUGUCAGUGAGACUUUUGCAUACCUUUUUAUGUAGAGAAUGUUUUGUUUAUAGUCAUUCAUUUUUACUUUAAUUGUGAUUCACAUUCACCAUGGAAAGCAAGCUAUCAGAAAACGUUUCAAAGGAUGUGUAAUGAUUGCUGCUAACUCAUUGCUUGCUAACCGCCAUACCCUCAUCAGGGUAAAGUAAUGUUACCACGGCAAAAACAAACAACAUUCAAUAUUCCAGCUUCUAGGUUUUAGCUUUCCAUUUGUUCAAAUGUUCUAUCCCAUAUUGCAUACAUGAAUCAAUUCUGGUGCAAGUCCAUCGCUGGGUAGGAUAGGAUGCUAAAGGUCUUAUAUGCUGAACUGCUGACUGCUAGGCUAACUCAAAAGCCCUACCAUGCUGCUAUAAGUGAAAAAACAUUGACUUUGUUAACGUGUCUAGGUUUCUUUAUCACGAGUCACAUUUGCUGACAAUUAUUUUAAGAAUUUAGGACUGGUAGGAACGAUUCUUGAACAUUUCACAUUAUUUGAAAUAAAUAGGUAUAUGUGUGUGUGUGAAAUGUAUACACAGAAAUGUGUAUCCAAGUAUGUUUCUCCCACAGGCAACACUGCAAUAUGUUUAUAGUUGUGCCAUUCAUGAACAUAAAUAUAUGAAUACAAUACUAUGAAAUAAAAUACAAAUGAAGUCAUGUGA